AUGCACAAGAGGACAUUUCUUCCUUUGUUAACUAUCCGAUUCUCAGGAAAGCAUAGUGGAAAGUCUCGCUCCCAUGGUGGUCACCAUGUUCUUCAACAGAUUAAUGCGACUCAGCAGAUGUCAAAGGUCACAUUUAUGCAAAAAGAUGGUCCUUGUCAUCUUUAUAUUAAUCCCUUUGUACCUCAUAAUAGCUUAUUCUGUUCAUUAUCUAUCUAUCUAUCUAUCUAUCUAUCUAUCUAUCUAUCUAUCUAUCUUAUCCUCAUUCAAAAGAAUUAUUUUUUUGACCGAUACUUCUAUCUAUCUAUCUAUCUAUCUAUCUAUCUAUCUAUCUAUCUAUCUCCGUUUGUCCCCUAUCUAUCUAUCUAUCUAUCUAUCUAUCUAUCUAUCUAUCUAUCUAUCUAUCUCCGUCUCAUUUUACGAUCCAUCUCUUCAAUAUCUAUCUAUCUAUCUAUCUAUCUAUCUAUCUAUCUAUAUAUGUCCUCAUUCAAAAAUCUAUCUAUCUAUCUAUCUAUCUAUCUAUCUAUCUAUUUAUCUUAUUCUGUCUCUUAUCUAUCUAUCUAUCUAUUUAUCUUAUUCUGUCUCUUAUCUAUCUAUCUAUCUAUCUAUCUAUCUAUCUAUCUAUCUUAUUCUGUCUCUUAUCUAUCUAUUUAUCUUAUUCUGUCACUUAUCUAUCUAUCUAUCUAUCUAGCUAUCUAUCUUAUUCUGUCACUUAUCUAUCUAUUUAUCUUUGUCUGUCUCUUAUCUAUCUAUCUAUCUAUUUAUCUUAUUCUGUCUCUUAUCUAUCUUAUUCUGUCUCUUAUCUAUCUAUUUAUCUUUGUCUGUCUCUUAUCUAUCUAUCUAUCUAUUUAUCUUAUUCUGUCACUUAUCUAUCUAUUUAUCUUUGUCUGUCUCUUAUCUAUCUAUCUAUCUAUUUAUCUUAUUCUGUCUCUUAUCUAUCUAUCUAUCUAUCUAUCUAUCUUAUUCUGUCUCUUAUCUAUCUAUCUAUCUAUCUAUCUAUCUUAUUCUGUCUCUUAUCUAUCUAUCUAUCUAUCUAUUUAUCUUUGUCUGUCUCUUAUCUAUCUAUCUAUCUAUCUAUCUAUCUAUCUAUCUAUCUAUCUAUCUUAUUCUGUCUCUUAUCUAUCUUAUUCUGUCACUUAUCUAUCUAUCUAUCUAUCUAUCUAUCUUAUUCUGUCUCUUAUCUAUCUAUCUAUCUAUCUAUUUAUCUUAUUCUGUCUCUUAUCUAUCUAUCUAUCUAUCUAUCUAUCUAUCUAUCUAUCUAUCUAUCUAUCUUAUUCUGUCUCUUAUCUAUCUAUUAUUCUGUCUGUCUUCAUCCAUCUAUCUAUCUAUCUAUCUAUCUUAUUCUGUCUCUUAUCUAUCUAUAUCUAUCUAUCUAUCUAUUUAUCUUGUCUGUCUCUUAUCUAUCUAUCUAUCUAUCUAUCUAUCCAUUAUCUAUCUAUCUAUCUAUCUAUCUAUCUUUGUCUGUCUCUUAUCUAUCUAUCUAUCUAUCUAUCUAUCUAUCUUAUUCUGUCUCUUAUCUAUCUAUCUAUCUUUGUCUGUCUCUUAUCUAUCUAUCUAUCUAUCUAUCUAUCUUAUUCUGUCUCUUAUCUAUCUAUUUAUCUUAUUCUGUCACUUAUCUAUCUAUCUAUCUAUGUAUCUAUCUAUCUAUCUAUCUAUCUAUCUUAUUCUGUCUCUUAUCUAUCUAUCUAUCUAUCUAUUUAUCUUAUUCUGUCUCUUAUCUAUCUAUCUAUCUAUCUAUCUAUCUUUGUCUGUCUCUUCUCUAUCUAUCUAUCUAUCUAUCUAUCUAUCUUAUUCUGUCUCUUAUCUAUCUAUCUAUCUUUGUCUGUCUCUUAUCUAUCUAUCUAUCUAUCUAUCUAUCUAUCUAUCUAUCUAUCUAUCUUAUUCUGUCUCUUAUCUAUCUAUUUAUCUUAUUCUGUCUCUUAUCUAUCUAUCUAUCUAUCUAAUCGUUCAAAUCAAGUGAUAAAUCUAUUCUCAUUCUUCUUCUUCUUCUUCUUCUUCUUCUUCUUCUUCUUCUUCUUCUUCUUCUUCUUCGUCGUCGUCGUCGUCGUCAGAUCUAACCAACUAUCUAAUCAAGAACAGAUCAAAAGAAAACAGCGAAUAACGAAGGUUUGUAAUGAAGAAAUGCGAACAUCAAGUCAUCUUCGCGAUGCAAAUGGUCGUUUCCUUUUCUAUUCGCCUCUCCGUCUUUCGUACUGUGUCGUAGCAAAAGCUGGUUGUUCAUUUUGGAUUAGCAUCGUACGGAUUCUCCUGAACGAUUUCGGUUACAACAACACAAAGAAGGACCCGAUGGAAGUCACCAAAUUAGAAGCGCAUGGCCCCAGAUCUAAGAUGAGGCACCUCACAAAGUCGAACGGCGCGGAUUUCUUAUUAAAUUCAACGUCGUUCUUAUUUGCUCGAAACCCGUACACGCGCCUUUUUUCGGGUUAUGUCGACAAAAUAUUCCUUCCCGAAUUAUGGAGUUCGCUCAACAAGCACAUUGCAAAUCUCACGAGAAAAAAAGGAUCAUCACGUUUAAAAUGUGUUAAUGAUAUAACAACAUGGAAUACCAAACAAGAUCCCAGAUUGAAUACACUUUUUACGCCAAUCAUUUCCACCUCGCUAUUUGCGAUGCCACCUACAACGUCUUUGCCGAACGCCUGUGGUACGCGUUUCAAUUGCAAGGCUACAUUCGUCGCAGUCGUCCGGUCCCCGAAAUUAAAUUUGGAACAGAGGUUCGAGAUAAUAUGA